UGAGACCAAGAAAAAGAUACAGAAAUGAAGCACUUUGGCCACCAACACUCACUAAUCCUGAAUGAGAAUUACAUUGCAGGGGAGGGUGAUAAGUGUAAUGGCUGCCUCGAAGAUAUAAUCUCAUGUAAAUCAUUCAUUUAUACUUGCACCAACCGCAUCACUGCUUUUGAAACCUGGGGUUCGGAUCUUUAUUUUUACCGACAAAAUACUACUGGUGCUGAUGAAGAUUGCAUCAGGUUCUUAUUCCACAAGACCUGUGCAGAAUUACCCCAAAAGAUCGAAAACCCGACCAACCCGAAUCAAGUCCUUGUCCUAUUUUCGCAACAAGCAAUCAAGGAAGCAUGCACACAUUGUUACUGCAACAUAUGUUACGAUGAGAUGCCUUGGAAUUAUUGCGCGCAGUUUGGAAUUUGAGUUCCGUAUUUGCCUCAGAUGUGCCGUCUUGAGAGUGCAUUCUUUGGAGGAUCACAAGUUUGAGCACGCGGCUCAUAGUCAGCACCCGAUGGCCUUAAUCCAGCGUCCCUCCUCAUUCAAAUGUGACGCUUGCAGAGUGAAGAAGGAUUUUCAAGACAUGUCGUAUAAAUGCAGCAAAUGUCAGUUUUGGAUUCACAAGAGCUGCGGGGAUGCUCCUACAUCUUUCCAGUUCCACUUCCACCAAGAUCACCCUCUUGUCCUCGCGUUUUCUCUUCCAGAAGCCUAUCACAAAUUUACUCAGUAUUGCAAAGUCUGCGAUCAAACAAUGAGCCGAUCAAAUUGGCUUUAUUAUUGUCCAAAAUGCAGAUUUUUCGUGCAUUUUCAAUGCACUAGAUCAAGUUAUAGUCAAUUAUCAAAGCGUACUGUUAAACUCAGCUCUUGGGAGCAUAAUAAAUAUCCCAAUUUGGUGCACCUCCCUGCAGCUGACGAAUCAUCGGUAAAUCUAUUACUUCAGCAAUUUGUCACGGAUAUGAGUACUAAAUACACUAAAUUCUACAAAGAUAAUAUCAUCCGGAGCUCUAUUGAACAUUGGUAUCAUGCUCAGCACCAUCUAAAACUCAUUACAACCAAUGAGUUAAAUGAUCUGAAAGACGGUGCUAAUGAUGAUAUACUAUUGUUAUGCGAUGGAUGUGCUAAGCCCGUCCAAACAGAUCGCGAUCAGGCCUAUGGUUGUGUCCCUUGUAACAUCUUUCUGCAUAAAUUCUGUGCCCUGUUGCCGAAAGAAUUUAGGGAAAUUCGUAAGGUCGGGAUGAAGCUAUAUGCAGAAAGGUGCAUUGAACCAUACAACUUAUUCUUUUGUUCUGCUUGUGAAGACGCGGGUAAUUGUAUAUUUUUCACCGAUCAUGAGCAUACCAAACUUCAUAUUAGAUGUGCGGUGUUGCCUGUAACGAUCAAACACGAAACUCACAUUCACCCCCUUGGACAAAUUUAUGCGACAAUUGAUAAAUGGCAAUGCAAGGCAUGUGGAGAUGAUAAGCGUGGAUAUCUGCACAGGUGUAGACAUUGUCAAUUCUAUAUAUGUGAUGGAUGUAUAAUGAACGCCAGCACAGUAAAUCAUAGGUGGGAUUCUCACCCUCUCCGCUUAAUAUACGAAGUUGGCAUGGUGAGAGAAGAUCAUGAGCAUGAGUUCAGUUGCGAGUAUUGCUCCAAUGAAAUAGACACAAACUGGUGGUUCUAUCAUUGCAGCAUUUGUGAUCUUUCAUUUCAUCCUAAAUGUUUAAAAAAAUUAUGUAAUCGCCACUACUCGGAUGUCAAGUUUGGGGCUAAGGACAUACUUAGCUACAAACUCCAUCCUCACAGCCUAACCUUUGAUUUCAACAAAAGAUUUCAGAGAUGUGAAAGAUGUGGCAAAGAACAACUAGCUGAGCCUGUCCUCCGAUGUGCACCUUGUAAAACCAUUUUCUGUCUAUCGUGCAGCUUAUCUCUUAUGUAA